UUGAAAAUUAGAAAAAGGAAAGAGGAAGAAGUACGUCAAGAACUUCUGCUGCCGAUUGUCACACUCUCCGCAGUUGAGCAAAAGAAGAAAAUGAGGAAAAGCAGAAUAGUGACCGUCUCCGCACUGCAGUUCGCUUGCACCCAUGAUGAAUACGGCCGAAAGGUUGAGAAUUUACUACAUGGUGGAGGUGAGGAAAAAGCACAAGAUCAUGAUUUCAAGAUACUUUCGUAUAUCUUGGGUUCAUCUUCAUUAGGAAACUGUUAUCCAGAAAUGACUGAAGUAGAAUAUAAACCUUCUUUCUGCGCGCAACUGGAAGCUGAAGGUGGCUCCUCUUUCUUCAUCAGGCAUUUGCUGGGAUUAGUGGUUCCCAGAAGCAGUCACAGUUAUGCUACCCCAAGGCUCAAAAUAUUGUCUUAUCCCACUGUUACUGGUUCUGAACCUCAAGGUACCUUUAGGAGCUUAGAACCGUAUUGGUAAAGAGAUAAUUGACACAGAACAUGGCAGAAGUGAAAUCACAUUCUACGGGGGAUUCCUUUAUAGCAGGACCCAUGGCAGAGAUAAUUGCCAGUGCUGAUGAUAAAGAGGAAGCUUUCCUUACGGCACAGUUUAAUCUGGAUAAAAUCUAAUCCAACGGAAGUAGUUGGGGUGUUUUUUGUGACGGACGUAUGCAAGGUGCUUUUGACAUUCGAUGGCAGUAUUAUAUCUCUAUGAUUAUCAAUGACUUGUUUGAUAUGCCGAACAUAAAACUUUAAGAGGGCAGUUUAGGUUUGCAUUUUUAUAUCUAUCUAUGCUCAAACCUUACCCCUUGAACAAUGUAACUGCAUCAGUAUAAUUGCCUGGAAAGUGAUAUAGACCAUUAUGGAUAACCUGUAGCGAAAUAAAAGAAAAAGGAAAAUAAAAAUGGGCUAUUCCGUUUUGAGAA